CAAUAUUAUUUAUUAUAUGACGUCAACAAGCAGAACUACGCUACGGUAAACAGACUGUGACUGUCAGACACAGUCAUAGACUUCAUAGACAUAGAGAAGAAACAUAGACUGAGAGUUGAGAGGCAGUUGACUCUAGGAGUCUAGAUCAGUACAUUAGUGACAGUAUAAAUAUAAGGGUAUGCUAACUCUUUGAGAACCACUCUAUGCCGUCAUUACAACCUCAGCCACUCAAGUCACUGCAUCAUGAUUUACCAGCAUACAUCACAUUUGUUAAUAGAACAAAUAUUUUCAUUGAUGUGGUUUGGGUUGACUACCGUGGACAAUUUGUUCGCUAUUAUAAGAAACUACCGCCAGGUGAAAGACUGCCUCUGAAUACAUUUGUCACACACCCAUGGAUUGCCUGGGCAUCUGAUACACAGAACCGUAUCAAUGUUGACAAAAGCUAUGUCUUUUACCCUCAGCCUUGGCAGGGAGAGCAACGCAGAACAAUUAUCUACCUUGAUUUGCCCUUGCUGUCGCUGCUAGAUAUAUGCAUCCAGAAAGUUCGCUCUUUGGUUAAGCCAGAACAUAUAGAAGAAUUGGAGAUUCCCAGAGAGUUGUUUUGGAAGUUGAAAGAGAGAAAGGAAGUACGUGUUGAGGAUUCUCCACAUAUCACUGAACUAAGACAACAUUAGAUACUGGCGACAUUUGUGAACAAGACAAUAUCUAUGAAUCUCUACAUUAUCUUGAGGUGACUAUGUAAAUAGUUUUACAACACUAUGACUUGAAUUAUAAUGAUGUGUAUAAUGUUACAUGACUGUGAGUCCAGCUAUAAGGCAAGCAUAUUUAGCCACAUCUGUUACAGAUAAAGUGUUUGUAUGCUGUUGGCCAAUUUAUCCUUUUAUCAUGUUUGUUUUCUUUGAGGGUAGCUUUCCGUUGGGCUGCAAACAUUUGUAUGUACAAUCUUUAUUGUAUAAAUAGCGUUGAUGGCUUGAGUUAAUGUGUAAAUAUUGAUGAAACUGUAAAAGUGUAUGUGAGAAUUAGAAAUGUUGGGAAUAGCAAAAUGUUUUGUUGUUGAAUCUCUAAAGUAAUGUUACAAAUGUAGCCUAAACAAAUUAAAUGUUGCUUUGAACAUUUUUAAUGUAAAAAAAACAAUUGUGUUUUUUUUGUAAGAAACAUAAAUAGUCAACUAGUCUUGCUUAGAUGAUAUCCCAGCAUGCUCAAGCUUCUGGAAGAUCAAUGUUUUCUUCUUUUUAAAACAAAGAAACAUUUUCAUAAUUUUCUUAUAGAUUCUAAUAAGGAAUUUGGCUUGCUCAUUAUGGCUGUCAGCACUUUCUAUGUUCUCUGAUUAAGUCCUCUCUGCAUCAUAACAUCCCUAAUAGAAACAAUAUCGGGAUGCUUAAGGCUUUCUGUUUUUACUAUGAUAAUAUUUUAUUGCCCUGAGGUUUGUUUUGGAAAUACACCGUCACAACAAAAAUCAGAACUAUUAUCUUAAUUACAAAAAUAAUCAACUGCAUUUUAAUCUUUCUAUCAGUUACAUAGAAAUUUUAGGAAAAAAUGUAAAUUUAAAAUUAAUUAGUGAUCAAAGAAAAAUUAUAUAAUUGUUUAUUGUUUCAUUUAUUAAUCUUUGUACAUGGUUUGCCAGUGUAAAACUCAAGUGUUUUGGCAAAAAAAUUUCUGGUGAUUAAUUGGUUUUCCCGACUAGUUAGGAAAGUCGUUCCAUGCUCAACAGUAAAUGUAGAGUUCUAGUAAGCCUUAAUAUGUAUAAUAAGAAAUGUGUUAUUUCUUUGUGUCUUUUUAUAAUUCUGAAUUUCUUGACAUCAUUGUAUGGUCUUGAAAGUUUUGACUACAACAAUUUAGUUUCAUUGAUCUUGAUGAAGUUAACAAAUCUUUGAGCAGAUUGUUGCUUUAGAUUUUUCUUUCAAGUGUUUAAAUGCAAGGUUUAUCUUGUAUGGAUAUCACAACUAGCUUGGUAUAAUACAUUGAAAAGUAUUUUUUGUUUUGUUUUUAAAAGAUUCUGAAAAUGGCGCAUGAAAUUUUAACAAUUUAACAAACUAAUGUUUUCAAGAAUUGUGAAAGUCAUUGUUUUUAUUUAUUUUUUUUUUGUCUUCCCGUUAAAUUGUUACAGAAAUGAGCAUUUAUUGUAUUUAUGAACUUAUAUGUACAUUUAUUUUUUUUAUAUACUAUAUCAAUCAAUAAAACUUAAAAAUCA